AUCGGUGAUACCGUUCUCUUCUCCGAUCUCCACUUUCCGAGAGACAUGAUCCCAAAGAAGCAACAUUUCACUGUGUUUGUCUUUUUCUGAAGCAGAAAAAGCCUUGAGUUCUGUAGUAGCGGAAUUGGUUCAGAUGAACGUUGAUGGGGACGGGAAGGAUAGGCAUGGGAUGAAUCACCAAAUGCAUGGUGGAAAAACAAGGGAAACCAUGUAUGAUAGGUUUGAGAUUCAGGCAGGGAGACAGCAUGAAGAUGAUAAAGUCAACGAUGAUGCAAGGGAUGGGAGUUUGGGGGCUGUGGGUGCCUCAGCUGCAAUUCAGAUCCCACACACUCAGCAUCAGACAGCAGAAACUGUUUGUUGGGAAAGGUUUCUUCAUGUGAGAUCCAUUAGGGUUCUGCUUGUGGAAAAUGAUGACUCAACUCGUCAUGUGGUUACUGCACUGCUCCGGAACUGUAGUUAUGAAGUUGUUGAGGCAGCAAAUGGUAUACAAGCUUUGAAGAUAUUAGCAGAUAUGAACAAUCAUAUUGAUAUUGUGUUAACGGAGGUAGUCAUGCCUUAUUUAUCUGGUAUUGGUCUCUUAUGCAAGAUUUUGAGCCACAAAACCCGUCGAAACAUCCCUGUCAUAAUGAUGUCAUCUCAUGACUCGAUGGGGGUGGUCUUUAAAUGCUUAUCGAAAGGUGCUGUUGACUUUCUGGUUAAGCCGAUCAGAAAAAAUGAGCUUAAGAACCUUUGGCAACAUGUUUGGAGAAGAUGUCAUAGUUCCAGCGGCAGCGGGAGUGAAAGCGGAACACAAACUCAAAAGUCUGUGAAAUCAAAGAGCGUUGAAAAUUCUGGUAAUGAUUCAGGCAGCAAUGAUGAGAAUGAAAACGGGAUCAAUGGCUUGAAUGUUUGUGAUGGAAGCAGUGAUGGGAGUGGCAUUCAGAGCUCUUGGACGAAACAGGCCGUGGAAGUAGACAGCCCAAGGCCGGAAUCUCCUCGGGAUCGAGCUGAUAGCACUUGUGCUCAAGUGAUACAUUCCAAUGCUGAGGGUCCCAUUACUCAGUUGGUUGCAGCAGCACAUGCAGACAAGGAGCCUCAAAAACAGGAUGACAACUUAGAUGUCACAAUGCGUAUAGACAUUGACCCACAACUUGAGCCAAAAGAUGAAGCCCUGAUCAGAAUUGCCGGCAACAAAAGACAGGAUAAUCAACUUGAAAGGAGCUCUAGUAAAUGGAAGAUGAAAGUCAGAAAAGGACCGUUGGAUCUCAACAGUGAAAGCCCUUUGAGUAAACCAAUGCAUGGAGAUGGAAGCUCGGGUUUCAUCGCGAAAUCUAGACACCUCCAAGAUAAUCAGGACCCUGAGGCACCGAAUACACAUUGCAAAGCUUUAGACACUGAGGAAGGUGCUGGCAACAAUUCUGAAGAACUCCUAUAUGCUGAACAUGGUCCAAAGAGGCUUAGAGCAGUUAAAGAUGAUGAGAUAAUGGUAAAUGAUGACAGGAAUGUGUUCAGACCUUCCGAAAGUUCAGCCUUCUCAAGGUAUAAUCCAUCCUCGAAUGCCAAUAAACCGUCCAGUGGCAAUGCCGGAAGCAACUCUCUUCAUGACAAUAUUCAAGAUGUUACCAAAAAGGCUUCAGUAUGCGAUUGUCAUUCAAACUUGAACGAUGGCCCCCCAAAUCAUUACUCCCAUGUCGGGAGCAGUAACAUCGAUAUGAGCUCCACGACAGAGAAUGCCUUCACAAAGCCAGGAGGGGCUCCAAAGAUAAAUCCAGCGGUAUCUUCAUCGGUCAAGCAUUCGUCAUUAAAGCCACGUGAUCAUCAUGCCCAUCUUGUCCACAUCAGUCACCGGAAGCUACCCCACUGUGGAUCCUCAAAUGUUUACAACGAGGCGGUUGAAGGAAAUGCUGUGAAUUACAGCGUGAAUGGAAGUGUCUCAGGUAGUAAUCAUGGAAGCAACUGCCCGAACGGAAGCACCACUGCUGUGAAUGUUGGAGGAGUGAAUAUGGAAUGUGAUAACAAUGCCGGGGCAAGUGGAAGUGGAAACGGAACAGAUGAAACUAUGAUUUCGCAAAGAGAAGCUGCUCUGACAAAGUUCCGUGAGAAGAGGAAGGAGAGGUGCUUCAGGAAAAAGGUACGAUACCACAGCCGGAAACAACUCGCUGAACAACGGCCCCGUGUCCGCGGACAGUUUGUUCGCAAAUCAGCCGUGGCAGCGAACAACGACGAGGAUACAAGCAAAGCUGAAGAAGAAGUUAACUGAAAUCAGACAAAACCAGACAGUACAUUCAUCUUAGAACAUGAACAGCUCGCCUUUGCCGGUAUCCAGAUUUCUCUUGUUUGAUCUUUUAUCCUUUUUUUGUAACAUUACCUGUUCUGGAAUUUGAUCCUUGUGAUACCCUUGGUGAAACCCUACACUAUAUUUUUAUCUUUUUUUUGUCGAUUCUUCGUUGUCUAAUCUUUGUGGGUUUAGGACAAAGAUUGUUCAAUUGACUUUUGGGAAUGUAAAACUCUGAUCUGUUGUUUACUUCAGUUAGUUCCACAAUGAUCGGAGACAUUUGUACGGAGGUUGGAUCGAGUUUUUACCGUUUUGUAACAGAAUAAUUUACCGAAUAUUUACAAGUA